GCUAUAUGUUCACACAUCCCUUACCUUAAUUCAUACCUUAAAAGAAUUUCCUAAAACUCAUAUAUUAUAUAAUGUAUAAGCUCAUUAAUUCGUUUGAUUUAUUUCCUCUUAUACUACUUCUAAUUUGUUUUAUCAAAUAUCCACCAAAAUUUUCUUCAUUUUUAUCCUUUUCUCCUCAUAGGAUUUUGGUCCUUUGAGAUCAAAACACAUAAUAUCCGGCCUAGUGCGAUGCAUAGCAUACAUUAAACUAUCAAUCGCGUUAGCAUAUUCUAAUUGAUUAACGUAUCUUUUCGAGUUCUUCAACCAAUAUGGAUCCGCCACGUAAUUUGCAUUCAUCAUCCCAUUCUAGUUUUCCAAUCAUGGCUAUAGCCAUCAUAGGCAUAUUAGCCAUUGGUUUCUUACUAGUCUUUUACUACAUUUUUGUCAUCAAAUGUUGCUUGAAUUGGCAAAGGAUGGAUCUUUCAAGGCCAUUUUCAUUCUCGAUAAGACGACAUACUGAAAAUCCUUUAACAAUUCACUCACCUGAAAAUCGAGGACUGAACGAAUCUAUUAUUCGUUCGAUCCCCAUUUUUAGGUACAAGAAAAGUGAAUGGAUCAACAAUGCAAGUACAACAUGUGAAUGUGUUGUUUGUUUAAAUGAAUUUCAAGAAGAUGAGAAUCUCAAAGUCAUUCCAAAUUGUGACCAUUUUUUUCACAUUGAUUGUAUUGACAUUUGGCUUCAAAAUAACACAAAUUGUCCACUUUGCAGAAAUAGCCUCUCAUCACACAUUACAAAAAAGUUCCCUUUGGAUCAAAUCAUCAUUCCUCAAGAUCAAGAUCCUCAAACAAGUAACAAUUUCAUAGAUGAAGAUUAUGUUGUGAUAGAAAUAAUUGGAACUCAAGAAAGAUUAAAUUCAAGGGAAUUAUCAACUAGCCAUUGUGCUAACAAAAUUGAACAAAAAGUCACAAAAAAGAAAGUCAAAAAAUUGAGUCAUGAAUGCAUUGACAUAAGAAAUAAGGAUGAACAAUUUAUAGUUCAACCGAUUAGGAGAUCUUUCUCAAUGGAUUCAUCGUCGGAUCGACGAAUUUAUGCACUAGUUGAGGAGAUUAUGCAGCAACAGAGGCAAGUGAGUCAUGUUAAAAGAUCAUGUUUUUCAUUUGGACAUGGAAGAGGAUCAAAAAUGUUGUUGACUUAGAGCCAUAGUAGGGGGUUAGAUUUUUUGAGAACUUUAUUUUUGGAGUUUGGUAGUGUUUUUUUGUUAUAAAUGUAAAGUGUUCUUGGAUUUGUUUUAGAAAUUGUAGGAAGAUAGUUGUGGAUUUAGAGAAAGAAUGAUUUAAAGGGACAACUUUACAUGUAUAAAACAAAAAAAAUGAAUUGGUGCACAAAGCAUCUGGCAUUAACAUUAUACAAAAGAAGGAUCACACCUCAAGAGAUGUGAUGUAGACAAUCUAUCUUAAUACAAGCAUUAG